AUCCUUUGAUCCUUUGAUGCAGGACUCUAGAACCCUGCUGUCUGUCUGAAGGCUGGAAGUUCACCUCAGAACCCAACAGAGCAACAUUAACUCGCAUCGACUUCACACAAGAAGGAUCUACUACAGAGACAGUCUAUUACAGACCACUACAGUCUACCACAGACCACUACAGUCUACUGCAGACCACUACAGUCUAUUGCAGACCACUACAGUCUAUUACAGACCACUACAGUCUACUGCAGGACACUACAGUCUAUUGCAGACCACUACAGUCUAUUACAGACCACUACAGUCUACUGCAGGACACUACAGUCUAUUGCAGACCACUACAGUCUAUUGCAGGACACUACAGUCUAUUGCAGACCACUACAGUCUACCGCAGUCCACUACAGUCUACUACAGACCACUACAGUCUACUGCAGUCCACUACAGUCUACUGCAGUCCACUACAGUCUACUACAGACCACUACAGUCUACUGCAGACCACUACAGUCUACUGCAGUCCACUACAGUCUAUUACAGACCACUACAGUCUACUGCAGACCACUACAGUCUACUGCAGUCCACUACAGUCUACUGCAGUCCACUACAGUCUACAGUCUUUUUCUGCAGACAGUGCCAUGGAAAGAACAACCAACCCAGCAAACGGGGUUAGAUUUGCUGGCACUCCUCCUCGCUGGGACUUCUAUCGUAUGCGACAGGAUCUGUUUCAUGCUCAGCGGGUGAUCUGGCACCUGAAAGGACAGAUACACGGCUUGUUGCAGCAGAACAAGAAGUCACUGGAUGGAAAGGCCAACAGCGAUACACCAGAUAUAAGACACGAGACCAUCUCAUAUUAUGAGUCCCAGAUCUUCUCCCUCAAGAAAAGUCUCCGAUUCCGGGUGAACCAGGUGAAUUUCAUCCAGCACAGGAGCCAGAUGGAGUACGACACGCUGGCAGCGAGACGGGCGGCAGAGAACCAAAAACUGUCAGAGCAGCUGCGGAGCAGAGAAGCUGAAUUCCUCCAGGCCGAGAAAGCCUGGGAGGCCAAAUACAACGCUCUGGAGGAGCAAUUCAGGAAGCAGCUGGCCGAGAAAGACCCGAGCCGGGAAACCAGUGAGACACAGCUGGAGGAGAACCAGGAAACCGGUGCAGCACAGCUGGAGGAGAACCAGGAAACCGGUGCAACACAGGUGGACCAGAGUCGGGAAACCAGUGCAACACAGCUGGAGGAGAACCAGGAAACCGGUGCCACCCAGCUGGAGGAGAACCAGGAAACCGGUGCAACACAGGUGGACCAGAGUCGGGAAACCAGUGCAACACAGCUGGAGGAGAACCAGGAAACCGGUGCCACCCAGCUGGAGGAGAACCAGGAAACCGGUGCGACGCAGCUGGAGGAGAACCGGGAAACCGGUGCCACCCAGCUGGAGGAGAACCGGGAAACCGGUGCAGCACAGCUGGAGGAGAACCGGGAAACCGGUGCGACGCAGCUGGACCAGAGCCAGGAAACCGGUGUGAUACAGGUGGAGGAGGAGGAGAAGAAAGAUGUGGAGGAGCUCCGUCUGAAUAUGAAGGAGAAGAAAGGAGGUUUCUGGUCUCGUAGGACGUGGAUGAAGACUGGACAUACAAAGGUGGAGGAAGAGAAAAAUAAAAAAGACAAGAAGGAGAUGAAAAGAAAAGAAAAGGAGCAGAAGAAGGAGAUGAAAAGAAAAGAAAAGGAGCAGAAGAAGAAGAAGAAAUAAGAAAAGGUUUCUGGCGUUGGGUAUUCUCAGCUGGUGGAGUAGGCUGCUGGGUGUUCGGCUCAGACCGGACAACAGUAGCUCCCUCUUCCUCCCCCUUCACCUCUCCACCUCCCUCUGUCUCCCUCACCCCCUGUCCUCCCUCUUUCCACCCUCUACCAUCUCCUCCACCCCUCCUCACCCCCCUCCUUUCCUCCUCUAUCUCCCCCCUCCACCCCCCCUCAAUUCCCCCUCCACUCUUCCUCCCUCAUCCUCACCCCCUCCUUUCCUCCUCUAUCUCCCCCUCCACCCCCCCCUCAAUUCCCCCUCCACUCUUCCUCCCUCAUCCUCACCCCCCUCCUUUCCUCCUCUAUCCCCCCCCCUCCACCCUUCCUCCUCCACCCUCCUCUCCACCACAGUUGAGUGCAGCACAGUGGCUCAGUGAUUAGCGCUGCAGCCUCACAGAAACACCUCCACCUUGUUUCUGUGUGGAGUUUGUAUGCUCCUCCCUGUGUCUGCGUGGGUUUUCUCCGGGUGCUCCGGUUUCCUCCCACAGUCCAAAGAC